AUGUUGCCAGUACUCUUGGCACUUCUACCGCUCCCUACAUCAGUAAUGUCACUGUCAAAUGGAACAGACGAGGAUCGACGAGUUCAUUGUCCAAGGCCAGAAAGUGCUACAAGUAGCUGUGAUGCCCCAACUUUCUUCACAUAUCAUGCUUGUUGCGGUGAAGAGAACAUGUUCUGCUGUAUGCAUCUACAACUUCACGUUAUCAUAGGCGUUGCUGUUAUUGUUGCUAUUAUUCUUAUCACCAUACUCACUUGUUUCGUACGUUGGAUUUGCCGAAUAAAGCGGAAAGGCCACCAGAGCUAUGACUUCUCCUAAGAAGUUCGAUUUUCUACCUUUUUCUGCCCAACAUCAUUAUUGUUGCCAAUUGAAGUUCUCAAGCUUUUUUGUUACAAAGCAGAACAAGGAACUAUUUUUGCGAUUUCUUGCCAAGUUUACGAAUUAUUUGUGUUUUUACUCUUACACUGUGAGCUUAUUGAUAAAUAUGUGCAGUUUGAU